AUGGUGGAAGGAAGGUGCCCUGAAUCAGCUAGGACCCCAUCUUCUGUGACCUGCAAACGACUCAAGCGGGCCAAAUGUGGGCCUGACCAGGGAAUAAAUGGGCCAAAGUUAUCCCACGAGGAGGCUAAUUGUAAUGAGCCCCAGAACCAAUCCAAAGCUGGCUGUCUGACUGCAGCCCUGACGUCUGAUCCUAGAGUAAAGGAUUCUGGUAAAAUGAAACUAGACGAGAAGAUGCAAAUGCUUGAGAAGGUGGGAAAGACCAAGGCGCUGGUGCUAACCUUAGUGUACCGAGAUGGAACAACUCAGUUAGACCUAGAACAGAAGCUCACUCAAGCAGUGUGUGGCCUCCUCAUACUGAUGAAGAACAGUGUUGACCGCAGCACACCAGAGGACACGCUCGGGCCAAAUGACAGUCUGGUCUACUUAAAACUAGAGCACACACCUGCAUGGGCCCAGCAACACAAACGCCAGAGCCAGGAGCUCUUUACUAGAGAUAUAUUGCUACAGGUGCUAUCAAGAUCCCAACUGGUGGUGUGCUAUAAAGCCAAGGAUUUGCUUCGUACAGCUCUGCAGUUUUACGGACGAGACCUCAGCUGGAAACAAGUGGCAGGCUGUCAUAUCCAGGACCCACAGGUGUCAGGGUGGCUUCUGGAUCCUACAAAUCCCUCCUCCUGUUACCCGGACCUUCUCAAUAAACACAGCAAAAGACCCCAUACAACACCUGCCCUGGGUACCAAGAAGGUUUCUCAGGUCAUCUCAGGUCUCUAUUCACUCUACUGUCUUAACAUGAAGCUAUGCUUUAAACUACAGAGCCAGGGGCUGUGGGAGCUGUACUCAGACAUGGAGCUCAGCAUGAUCUCUGUUUUGGCAGCCAUGGAGAGCCAUCACAUCCAUGUGGACAAAGAAGCUCUUAAGAGAACUUCAAACCUGCUGGGGGCUAAGAUGAAGCAGCUGGAGCAGGAGGCCCACCGAGCAGCUGGACAAAUAUUCCUGGUCACCAGCAACACUCAACUACGAACAGUCCUGUUCGAGAAGCUGUGCCUCCAUAAGCGCUGUGAGAACAAGAAACUUCCCAAGACUAUCAACAAACAACAGCAGUCAACAUCAGAAGCUGCAUUGUUGCAGCUUCAAGACCUGCACCCUCUGCCAAAGAUCAUUCUAGAGUACAGACAGGUUCACAAAAUCAAGUCCACUUUUGUUGAUGGGAUUCUCUCAUGCAUGAUGAGCAAGAACUACGUUUCCUCUACGUGGUACCAGACUAGUUCGGUGACAGGGAGAGUCUCAGCCAAGCACCCAAACUUCCAAGCCCUGCCAAGACAGCCACUUCAAAUCACCAAGAAGCAGUACAUCGAAGGAAAGGAGGAGGAGGUGGUGACUGUUCAUCCUCGGGCAAUGUUCAUCCCUCAGGAAGGAUGGACCUUUCUUGCUGCAGACUUCUGCCAGGUGGAGCUGCGUCUGUUGGCUCACCUCUCCUCUGACCCUGAGCUGCUCCGCAUUUUCACCAACCCGCAGGCGGACGUCUUUACCAUGUUGGCCUCUCAGUGGAAGGGGGUGAGUGAGGGUGAGGUGACUUCUGAGGAUCGGGAACAUGCCAAACGCAUUGUCUACUCUGUUGUAUACGGGGCAGGUCGUGAGCGUCUGUCGGGGAUCCUUGGGGUGAGCGCUGAGCAGGCCAGCCGAUUCCAGGACAGCUUCCUGCAGACCUACAAAGAAGUCCAUGCCUUCAUCCAGAGGACCAUCCAGCAGUGCCACAAACAAGGGUAUGUGCUCUCCAUCAUGGGUCGUCGACGCACCCUCCCUAACAUCAACGCCCCCGAUUGGGGUAUCCGCAUGCAGGCUGAGAGGCAGGCAGUCAACUUUGUGGUCCAAGGUUCUGCUGCUGAUCUCUGUAAGAUGGCCAUGAUAAGAAUCUUCAAGCUGGUCUCCUCUUCCAGCUCACGCUCUGUCAGGCUGAUAGCACAGCUCCACGAUGAGCUUCUGUACGAAGUGGAGGACUCCCAGGUGGAACAGUUUGCAGAUCUGGUGAGGAGCACCAUGGAGUCCCUUCAGCACAUUGACCAUCUAGGAGUCCAUCUUAAGGUCCCCCUGAAGGUGGCAGUCUCCAGUGGCAAGUCUUGGGGAUCCAUGUCUGAGCUUAACAUCCCUCCAAUGUCUCCCUCUCCUUCUCUUUAAGUCCUUCCUCUUUUUGCGCUUUCUAUCUUUCUCCCCCUUUCACCACCUCUGUUGCUUCUUCUACCACUACGCCUCUGUAUCAAAUACAUUUUACAAUAUUUUCUUGCUCUGCUCCCUAUCCCUCUUGGUGUGUUCUCAUCUUUCUGCCUCUUCCUUUUUUUCCAUUUCUUGUUACAUUUCUUUCUCUUGUAGUCUUUCUGUUUCACUAAGUCUGUCUCUCCCGCUCUCUUCACGUGUCCUGCAUCCACAUUGCUAUGGAAACCAGGCAGCUGCAGCUCCUUCCAGCUCCCAGUUCUUGCUUUCACUCCAUCCGUAUGCGGGGGCAAUGGCAGGAGCCACAGAUUGGAUCGCUCUUCUUUUCCUUCCUCCUCUCCUCUGUUUUCACACUCUUAUUAAGACCAAUGCUGUUUUCUCUGCCGUGUUGCCAAGGUGAAUCUCCACAUUUGAGAGAGUGCUUGAUAUUUAUUGGUUCAUAAAAUGUGUUGUAUGAUUUUUUUGUAAAAAGGCAUAGCGUUGACCUACUGUGUACCUGCAAUUUGGUGUACUGUAUUCUAUAGAAAACAUGCUUGUAUUUAUUGUUUUGACGCUUUGUGCAGAAUAAUUCUUGCUUUGAGGUUCCCACUUGAUAAACCCAAUGACUUUUCUCACCCGG